AUGACAUAGAACUUAGGAAACAUUGAUGACUGGUCUCAAUUGUCAUCAAAUGAAGAAUAAGAGCUUUAACUCGAGAAAUAUAUUGAGAAUAAUGUAACAGCAAAUAGUGAGGUCGAGACAAUGAGAGAUUUCUAAUAUGCGUACUAAUAUUCAUCAAAUAGCGGCAUAUAUUAAGAGGAAAACAAUUCAUUGAACAUCAAUGAAUUAAAACCAAAAUUCAAGAAGAAGGACUCUCUAAGUCAAAAAAUAAAUAUGAAAACCAAUGGAUUUUAAGGAAUUCAACUAAAAUAUGUUCAAAUUAGAUAAUUGCAAACAAACGCGAAUUAAACCACUGAUGUAACUGUUAAUGUUGGUGGUAACGGAGGUGGAGUUAGUCUCUCUGGCAUUUCGAAUACCACAAUAAUUAUCAUUGUCGUUGUUGUAUUGGUAAUCGCUUUGAUUGGGGGAAUAGUAGGUGGUAUAGUUUACUGUAAUCGAAAGAAAACUGCAGCAAUUGCAAAUACUUCUAACUCUCACAAUACUUCAAAUUCUCAUAAUACUACUAUGUUUGUUUAAAAGAAUAAAACUUUUAUUCUUCCGAAUGACGAUGUUUCUUACAUGCCAACUGGAAAUAGAGCAAAUAUGUAAGCUAACGAAUUUAAAGCUAAUCCUACACCCCUAAAAAAUGAAAAAACUAUAGAGCAGUAUAAUACUACUGAUCUUUUCAAUCAAUUAAAAGCUUAGACUGACAUAGUUUCCCUUUAAUAGCUUCAGAAAGUUAUCAAUCAACAAGUUUGCUGCUAUUGCCAUGAUAAUUUUGCAGAUUCUAAGAAAACUAUUAGAAAAUUCAAAAACUGUGUUCACGGGAUUCAUAGCGAUUGCAUUUUAGAAUUAAUAAAAUACAUUGUUGAAAAUAGAGACAACUAAACCCCUGAAUUCAAAUGCCCACUUUGCCAAAUGGUUAUUGCUAAAAUUUGA